UUUUUACUUUCUCCUGCUUCCUCUCACUUAUCCACUUGAGCUUGCAACAGUUGAAAGGGUUCUAGUGAGGGGAGAUCAGAUGAGCAAAGGAAAGAAGGAGGGAACGGGAAUAGAAGGAAGCCAUGCAAACAGUGGGGCAACCCGGGGGUUUUGUUUAACAGGCCUAAUCACAGACCAGCAAAAAACUGUUUGGUUUUGACUCAUCCCUGGAGGGAAACCAAAGAGGACAAAAUCUACCAUACCUGGCAGAAAAGACGUCAAGCUGUGGGCACAGACGAAGAAGAAAAUAACAUCGUUUAAGUGGACAAAUACUUAGAGGUGCAAGGAAGCGAGGAAUUGUCGAGUAAGCAGCAGCAACGGCUCAAAGACGACCUGAAAAGAACUGAAGCAGCCUUAGUCCAGGCUAGAUUAGACAGUAAAACAAAGUGUUAGAGAGACGAUGGCCAACUCAGGUCUUCAGUUGUUGGGCUACUUUCUAGCGUUGGGUGGAUGGAUUGGAAUCAUCUCUACCACCGCACUUCCUCAGUGGAAGCAGUCAUCCUAUGCCGGGGACGCCAUCAUCACAGCUGUAGGUCUGUAUGAGGGGCUGUGGAUGAGCUGCGCUUCCCAGAGUACAGGACAGGUGCAGUGCAAGAUCUUUGACUCCAUGCUCUCCCUGGACUUCCACAUCCAGACAUGCCGCGCUCUCAUGGUGAUCUCUGUGCUGCUGGGCUUUAUCGGCAUCAUCGUCAGCGUCGUAGGGAUGAAGUGCACCAAGGUUGGAGAUAACAACCCUUCCACCAAGACCCGUAUUGCUGUUUCUGGAGGGGCUCUCUUCCUGCUCGCAGGUCUCUGCACACUUGUGUCCGUGUCCUGGUAUGCCACUCAAGUGUCCUACCAAUUCUUUAACCCAAAUACACCGGCCAAUGCAAGGUAUGAGUUUGGCUCAGCUUUGUUCGUGGGCUGGGCUGCCGCCAGUCUGACCGUCCUCGGCGGCUCGUUACUGUGCUGCUCCUGCUCCAGAGACAACAUGCGAGGGCAGCCAUAUUACCACCAAUCACAGCCUUCCACAGCAAGGGAACCAAAUGUUAAAAGUACCCCACCAGAGAAAAGGGAGCAGUACUUGUAGUUUGGGAGAGUCUUCUGGCCUUUUCCAUGGCUUAAAAAACUCCCAUUGAGGAAUACAGACGAACACAUUUCUGAACUGAACUCUAAGAAAUUGCAGAAGAAUAAUUUUGUGGGUUAUAGAAAAGACUUGUGGGGUGGGGGGUGUUUGGGUGGGGGGGUCAUAAAUUUAAGUGUUAGGGGUUACAGAUCAGAACAUUGACGUUGUUAACUUUGGGGAAACUCAUCCAGGAUAUGUUUUAUAUAACAUAUUUAAAGGUAUGUGUAUAUACAUUAUAUCUACAUCUAUCUAUAUAUAUAUAUGGAAGAGGAUUAGGGCCACUGGA